AUGAAAAAGAAGAGUGGUUUCCAGAUCACAAGUGUGACUCCAGCACAGAUAUCUGUGAGUACCAACAACAGUAUUGCGGAGGACACAGAGAGCUACGAUGACCUGGAUGAGUCCCACACGGAGGAUCUGUCCUCUUCUGAAAUCCUGGACGUGUCCCUCUCUCGAGCUAACGAGACAGUUGGAGCAGAGAGAAGCUCUUCGGAGGAGACGCUGAAUAAUUUCCACGAGGCAGAGACCCCCGGAGCUGUCUCCCCCAACCAGCCCUCGCACCCCCACGCCCUGAACCAGGCUCAACAGCAUGGUGGGGCCAUGGUGAACGGGACUGUGCACCAUCACCAUCAGCACCCUCAUCAUCCAAACCAUGCCCAGGUCUACUCUCUGUCCUCUGGGCCUGGGAGUAUCCCGUCUGCCCUCACUUCCGGAGGUUUACCUUGUGUCACCCAGAAAAUGCCUUCUAACAUGGGAGGCCCUCAAGAGAAUGUUUCCCAGACUGCCCCUCCAAAUAUUGUUGCCCAGCCUUUGGGGGUUGUGGCCUCGGGAUCUGUCCCUGGAAUGCACAGCUCUGUCACGGGCACUACAGUUAGCAUAGUUAAUCCCCAGACCAGCAGUGUUAGUAAUGUGAAUAUGUUGAGCUCUGCCAAUGUGCCUGUGAGGGGGGGGAUCAGCACAAGUGCUAGCAGUAGCAGUGGUGGCUUUCCUCUCAAUGUGAUAAGCAGCAGUGGGGGCAGCGGAGGUGGUGCUGUUGCACAUGGGGGCAACCUUAUGACAGCCACUAAACUCAGCAUGGUCCAGCAGCACCAAAACAUCAGCUCCAACAUCACUAUGACUACUACAACUUCUGCUGCUGCUGCUGCUGUCAGUGCCUCUGGAGGAAUGGGACUCUCCGGUGGGAUCCAGGGAAGACUUGGAGCUGCUGUGCUGCAGCCCGCGAGUGCCCCUGUCACAGCCAUGGCCACAACCUCUGUAUCACCUACUCCUGCCCCAGCUCCAGCUCCAGCCCCUGCAGUGGCCACUACCAGUUCUCGCUUCAGGGUGGUGAAGCUGGACUCUAGCUCUGAGCCCUUCAAGAAGGGCAGAUGGACAUGCACUGAAUUCUAUGACAAAGAGACCCCAGCCUCUGUUCCCAGUUCCUCUGCAUCUGAUACCGGGUCUCUCAGCAUGCGUCAGUAUGUCUCUGAGAGCUUUGCUGGCGCCUCAGAGAGGGAAAGCACAAGUGGUAGUUCUGUGAGUAGCACUAUGAGUACACUGAGCCAUUAUACUGAGAGUGUGUGCAGCGGAGAGGCUGGGGGACCCCCAGUACCCCAGCAUGCCCAGGAUUACGCCUCCCCUCCUCAGGGCUUUCAAGGAAUCCUCCCCAGUGGUUUAAGUAUGGGAGUAUCCCAAACCCAACCUCACGUGCAUGCCCAGGAUAUUACUCAUUCACAUGUGAAGUCUACUGUGGCCUCCACCGCCCCUACAAGCAUUCAUCAGCCUGCUCCCAUGCCAGGCCACCAGACCACUAUUGGACUCCCUACACCUGCUGUACCCCAGCAGCAGCAGCAGCAGCUCACCUACGCCCAGGCCGUUGCUAAUCAACCUCCAGGCUCCACGCAGGGACUAGUGGGUGUUCAGCAGCAGAAGAUAGGUUACGCUUCUCUGCCACAGCAGCCAGCCGCUGCCCAACAAGCAGCCCCAGUGCAGGCGAGGCCACCUGAGUACACCCAGCCACACCAAGGUAUCCCCCAGGCUGCAGCCCCUCAGUCUCUGUCUAACCAAGCUGGAUCAGCUCCCUCUGGGCCAGCUAAUGGAUCGUGUCAGAUGAUAGGAGGCCCUCAGCAGUCACAGGCACUCCUGCACACACAGCCCCAGCAGCCCUCCUCCCUUCAGGCCACCACCUCCACUAUGCCCUCUCAUGUUGGAGCAGCAGGUCUUGGCCAGCAGCCUCAGAGCCACCCUGGCCAUCUGGAUUGCCAGCAGCAGAAGCCACAGUCACUCCCAACGCAAAUCCAAAACCUGGGCCUGGGAGCCCAGCUGCCCUCUUCAGUCCACCAGAGCCAAGUGUCUGCACCAAGUGUGCCUCCUCCUAGCUCUCAGAGCGAUGCCCAGGCCCAGCCCCAAGCCCACAACACUGGGAGUAGUGGUAGGAUGCCCCCACAGGUUGUUCCCCACAGCCAGCCAUCUUCUGUCAGCUUGUCCCAGGACCCUAGCAGUGCCCAGGCCCUCGUUCAUGCUGCCCAGGCCAGUGCCCUGUAUGCUAGUCUGCCCACCUUCACCACCACUCAGCUGCAAGACGCCCAGCGGCUGCUCCUCCAGCACCAGUCAGCUCUGUUGGGGCUGCCCAAGUUGUCCGGAGGGGAGGCUGGAUCUGGAUCCAGCACUGGCCAGGGUCAAGAAGCUGAGGGCAAUACCACCACCGCCAGUGCCUUAACAGCAUCAGCUGGUCUUAAGACUGUCGAUGGAGAGGAGGAUGGGUAA